CGUGCACACAACGGGAGCGGACACGCGAGGUUGCAUCCACACAAUCCGCCCUGCACGCCUCGCCGAGGCCGCUGCGGCCGCUGGCUGAGAUGGAGCAGCUCGACUGUUGAUAGGCCCCCUUUUCCUUCCCCUCCCUCUCUCUUUCCCCCUCUUCGCCUCUUCCACUUGUUAAGACAACACGGCUCAGAAUAAACAAAACAUCUCGGGUUUUUUUUAUCUCGUCAAUUUCUUCGCAUGUUUUCUUUCCAAGCUCUUUUUUUUUUUUUUUUUUCAACUAUACCUCUCUUAUGACUUGUUGUAUUUCUCUUCCCCCUAUAUGCUCAUCUUCGCCCCCCACACACACUCUACUUUUUCGUCCUCUAGCACUGUGGGCUGCAUGUUGUUGUUGUUUGGUCGCGGGCGGUCUAUGUGAGGUUGUGUGUGUCUGCCCACAGCACCAGUAGCCCUCCGCACACGGCCGGCAAGCAGAAGUGGCAGCACGUCCGCGCCGUGUUGGCGCUCUACACCCGGCUCCGCACCAUCAAGAGGUACCAGGACCACCCGGGGAGGCUGCGAGUCCUUGUGUGAUGUCGUAGGGGCUCCGGGCGCGGGAGAGAGAGAGAGAGGGAGGGAGGGAGAGCGUAAGGGGGAAGUGGAGAAGUGGUGUACAAAGGAAAUGAGGGGAUUUGCCCAGCGCUCAUGCGCGUGUCACGUGUCUCGUCACGCUGUGGCCUGUCACGCUCUGCAAGUAACAUGUCUAGCGCUCUCUCCCUCUCUCUCUCUCUCUCUCUCUCUUUCUUCUCUACCCCCUCUCCCUAUCUCAGUCUGUCGUCUUUUCCCCCCCUCAAACUCCGUGCGCUCUGCAUCCCGUAUCAACUUAUUUUUUCCGUCACGAUUUUGAAUGUUCGCGGAUUUUAAAAUCUGCUUGAGGCGAAUGCUGUGCCGUUUUCCUCGGGAGUUACCUUUCCUGUCGUCGCAGCCAAACUCUCCUGUCUAUAUAUGUAUCCCAACCCCCCGUCAACCCUGGAGCCCCUUCUACGGUUCUUAUAAUUUGAGCACGCUCUGACUCAAUAAUCGUAUCGUUUUGUGAACAACUUAUUGUACCUAAGGAUGUAUAUGUUAAACUCCUUGACUCUGUACAUAUGAAAUCCUGGAAACAUCAGGUGUACCUUCUUAUUAGGACAGAUUUUAGAGGCAGUCUGUCAUUUGCUGAGGAAGAGUGUAAUUGUUUUACAUGCUAUACACAUACUCUAAAUCUUGAAAUAGGAUUGUGUUGCAUCGCUUAUUUGCAUCUAAAACCCAGCGGAAUGACAGACUGCAUUCUUCUUUUGAUAGGUUUUUGCAUGCUUCUGAUAAAUUAAUCUUUAACAUUAAAGAAAAAAGAUUUGUGAUACUGUACAUUUCCUACUGUGUAGCCUUCAUACUUCAUAAUUUAAUAAUUGUCAUUCUACCAAUGUAAAUAUGUAAUAAUACUGUGUAGAUAUGGUACGAACUUGGAUGUAUGAAUGCUGUUUUCACACUAUACGCCUACUUACCCGUAGGCCUUUUUUUGCGAUCGAAUGUGUUGCCCAUUAGCUCAUUGGAAUCACUCUAUGUUUAAAAUGGGAGGUGGGCUCAAUGCACCAUAUUCCCCAACAUUUCUUAUUCUUUGGACCAAACCAAUUUUAAAAACACUAGUCUUUGUUUGGCAACCGACGCGAUUAAAAGGCAUGGUGGGUGACGUCCUCCAUAAAUUGUCUCUUAGUUUGGCAAAGUAUUCGAUUCAAUGAAAAAGUGGGGCCUUGGUGUGGAUGGUCAUAUCUCCUUCUUGUUUAGUGUAGUCAUCUAUCGUCUUGUAUGCAUCUCAUGGUCUCUUUCUCUUUCAGACAUGGCCUUGUGUUCAGGAUGAAUACUUUGUGUACCUUUUCGACUAGUUCUUGGGAAUGAUAUCUUCAAUCUUUCUCUUCCUGUAUCAUUUUUCUAUGUAUAUUAAUUUAUCUUUGCUCUUUUUAAUAAUGCUCUUACUCUGUCGCAUUGCGCGAUUAUCUACUUUUCUGUGUGUGCAUGCUAUGGAUAUGUAAUAGCAUGAGUGUGUUUAGUCUACCUGAUCUUGAUUGCAAUGGCAUAGGUUUCUUGCAGAUGUUUUGUGUACAGUGUCUGCAAUGUGUAGUAUUUUUUUUUCUCAGCAUAGGUCAACAUUGUAUGUAUGUGCGCAUUUACUGUCUGCUUCUUUACGUAUUUGUUUGAAGGUGUGUUUAGUAUUUCCCAUUCGUUCAUACUUCAUAACAUUGGAUGCGAGUUACAUACGUGUUAUAUAGCUGAUUUCAGAUAGAAAUUGGUCCAAAAUUGGUGUGAAGUAGUUGGCUGUUGAUGUUGUAGAAAAUUGAAUGUUGCAGAAAUGAAUGUUUAAUUCAGCAACUGCUCAAUAACAGCAAUAGUUGCUUCUGAAGUGGAGACAUUUUGUGUACCAAAUGAACUACAGAUAUUGUAAAUAGAUAAAUAAAGUUAACGGUAAACUUGUAUUAACUUGCGCCAUUACCUUUGCGUAGUCAUACACUCUGUUCUGAGAGUAUGUUGAUUCAAUGAUCUUGAACUUACUCACUCGCCCUCUUUACUCACUAACAUAACUGCUCGAGUUACUCGCAGAUCUUACGCAAAUCACAACUUGUGUUUAUAAAAAACGGUGCAGCCAGAUUUAAUAAAAGAAAAUAUCGACGUUGCGACUGGAGACCUGUGAAAGGUGACCUCCCCGCCCUAAAGCGCUCCGCUCUGUCUCGCAGGACCAAGAGCAACCAGAGGUGGAUGAAGCUGCGCACGACCGUGCAGCUGUCGGGAGCAAUAACAUCGACCAUUCAGAAGACCAAGCCGCCGCUCAAGAGGGAGGACUCCUUUCUCAAACGCUUCUCCACCAGACAGAUCGCUGAGGCACAGGAGACGGUGGACACGGGGGACGACGGCGAGGGUGGCUCAUGCUCCAGCUCGGGUGGCGGCCGUUCGGAAAACAGCCGGCGGCGCAGGCGGCGCCGGAGGCAGAAGCGGCUGUCGCGGACGGUGGUCAACCCUGACGAGAACUUCUACUUCUACUGGCUGAUGGUGCUCACCGGCUGCGUGCUCUACAACGUGUGGACCCUCAUCGUCCGGCAGAGCUUCCCAGAACUUCAGGACAUGGCGAUGGGGCUCUGGUUCACGGCAGACGGCUUCUCGGACGUGGUCUUUGUCAUCGACGUGCUGGUGCAGUUCAGAACCGGUUACCUGGAGCAAGGCCUGAUGGUGUACGACUCAGGCAAGCUGGCGGGCCACUACAUGCAGUCGCGGGCCUUCCUGCUGGACCUGGGCUCGCUGCUCCCGCUCGACCUGCUCCAGUUCAACGUAGGCAUCAACCCAAUCCUGCGCUUUCCCCGCUUCCUCAAGGCCUACCGCGUCUACCACUACUACUACAUGGUGGAGUCGCGCACCGUCUACCCCAACCUGUGGCGCGUGGUCAACCUCAUCCACAUCCUGCUCGUGCUGGCGCACUGGUUCGGCUGCUUCUACUUCCUGCUCAGUCAACACGAGAAGUUCCAGGGCGACUGGGUGUACCCAUACCGGCCCGGCGAGUACUCGACGCUGACCCGCAAGUACCUGGGGUCGCUGUACUGGUCGACGCUCACCCUCACCACCAUCGGGGACCUGCCGACGCCGGAGACCAACGCGGAUUUGCGUAAGUCUUUCUCGGACGGCCCCCAAAACAUGCGUCGGCGAGGCCACAAAUCCAGACUCCUGCAAUUCAACACCAAUACCGGGUACAUCUUCACGAUAAUCAGCUACCUCAUUGGCGUCUUUAUCUUCGCCACCAUCGUAGGCCAAGUGGGCAACGUGAUCACAAACCGCAACGCAAACCGGCUGGAGUUCGAGCGGCUGCUGGACGGCGCCAAGACUUACAUGAGGCAUCACAAGGUACCUGGAGGCAUGAAGCGCCGGGUGUUGCGUUGGUACGACUACUCUUGGUCCAGGGGGCGGAUCCAGGGCGGAGGAGACAUCAACACUGCCUUGGGACUUUUACCGGACAAGCUCAAGACGGAGCUCGCUCUCCAUGUCAACCUGAGCGUGCUCAAGAAGGUCACCAUCUUUCAGGAAUGCCAGCCCGAGUUCCUACACGACCUCGUCCUCAAGAUGAAGGCCUACAUCUUCACCCCGGGCGAUCUGAUCUGCCGCAAGGGCGAGGUGGCGAGGGAGAUGUUCAUCAUUGCCGACGGCAUCCUGGAGGUCAUCAGUGAAACGGGUAGGGUGCUCACCACAAUGAAAGCUGGAGAUUUUUUCGGCGAGAUCGGCAUUUUAAACUUGGACGGCCUAAACAAACGCACGGCGGACGUGCGGUCGGUGGGCUACUCCGAGCUCUUCUCGCUCUCGCGGGAGGACGUGCUGGCCGCCAUGAAGGACUACCCGGAGGCGCAGGAGAUCCUCCAGAGCCUGGGCCGGAAGCGCCUGAUGGAGGCGCGGCACGUCAGCAGGAAGGACGCGGCCCGCCACCAUGGCCCCGUGAUCAAGGAGCCUCGGUCGCCGAUCGAGACGGUCCCGGACGCCAAGAGCAAGCGGAUCGUGGAAAGGAUACGCAGUGACGUGAAGCAGGGUUUCAAGACCGUCCUGCGGAAGGGGAGGCGCGGGACCAACAAGAUGGAGGACGACAGCAUGGAGAUGCUGCCCCUCACCAAGGGCGGCCCGGGCGGCAAGGGCGUGCUGCGCAGGAUGCCACGCGUGCGCAGCGACGACUUCUCCGCCGAGGACUCGUCCGAGGAGCCGCAGGCGCCCACCGAGAAGAUCGGCGAGGGGCUGCCGCUCAUCCAGCGCCUGCUCAUGCUCAAGGCCAAGCAGGACCGCGAGGCCGCGGCCGAGGCCACGUCGAGCGCGGCGGCGGCAGCAGCUGCGGCCGCGGCCGCGGCUGGGGUGGCAGCGUCGGCGGCGCGCGAGGAGCAGCGCGAGGCCGAGGGGCAGGUGCUGCAGAAGCUGCGCACGCUCAAGACCACGCGCCAGCAGCACGAGGGCGCGCGGGACGACAGCCCGCCGCGGGAGGUGAUCGGCGCGGGGCUGCCGCUGCUGCAGCGGCUGCUCCUGCUCAAGGCCAAGGAGGACCGGGAGCGGCAGGUCGCUGAGCGCAGCACCCACGCUGCCGAGGCGCCCGCCGCGCAGGCUGCGCCGGGCCGCCGCCGCACACGGGGCUCCAGCAUCAGCAAGACCCUCCCCGCCGAGGGGCUGCCCGCCGCGGCCGUUCCCUCCUCGGGCGACUCGGACGACGGACAGGGCGGCGGCAAGAAGGCGUCUUCCAUACUCAAGAGGAUUGUGUCCAUCAAGAGGAAGGGGGACAGCUCAGUGACGGCGAGCAUGGCCUCGGUCACGCCGUCCGCGUCGUCCGGGACGAUCAAGGGGCACGCGUCGGUCAACACCUCUUUCGGGUCGGAUGACGCAGGCGACGACAAGCCGACCGCCAAGGUGACCUCCAAGCACGACGAGCCACCAGCAACUGCCGCGCCAGCUCCGGCUCCACCCAAGACUACGCUCAAAGAGAAGCUCAAAACCGUCCUGCACACGACCACGUCCACGGCGACGACUACCACUGCCACAACCAAGACCUCCCGCUCCAAACAGACGUGGGGGUUGCUCAGGAAAGCCACAGUCAGCAGUCGGCCAGGAAAGGGCAAGGCCUCGGCCAGCGACACCACCGCGACCACCUCCAAGUCCGAGGCCACCGCAGCGCCGGCCAUCGUCACUACGACCUUCACCACUACCGCCCCCUCUGCACCCAAGAGCGUACCCGCCGAGGAGCCCGCUCAGCAGCAGUCCCUUCUUGGCCGCAGAGUCCCGGCCCCAGCCACGCUCAAACCUUUGGGGUUGUCCGGACCGUGCCUUAGCAACGUGGGCGAGGAGGAGGAGGACGAGGAGACCGUGCCCGUCCCGGCCCACGAGGUGGCCCCCGCCGCCGAACCCACCAUGGGCAGCAUCGCCGUGCCCGUGCCUCUGCCCACCGUCGGGGCCGCGAUCACCUCCACCGUCUCGCCCACACCCGCCAGCAAAAAGCCCAACCUGCUGCGGUUCCAUCCGGGCUCCAAGCUGUACAAGUCCAUCGACGACCUGUCGCCGGAGUACUGCGGGCUGCCCUUUGUCAAGCGGCUGAAGAUCCUCAACGAGCGGCAAAAGUUGGCCGAGCUGGAGGCCAACGUCCGGAGCACGAGCCUGGACUCCGGGGGCGUGGAGGACGACGAGCCGCAGUGCCUGACGCGCAGCCACUCGGAGACCUGCGCCAUGGAGCACGCCCGCGCCAGGCACAGGCAGCGCGGCGGCCCGACCAGCCCCGCCUUCCCGCCCAGGCCCACGGAGCUGUCGGCGGGCGGGGGGCCGCUGCCGCCCGCGCCCACUGGCGUGCUGGGGGUGGCAUCGCCCGAGAGCAACGAGACCGUGGAGAGGCGGCACCUCAAAAGCAUCCUCAAGAAGCUGUCGUCCAGCUCGCUGUUUGACCCGCAGCAAUCCGCCGCUGGGGCCGCGGCGGCUGGCACCACCCCGACGACCGCGGCAGCGACUGCCCCCACCACGACCUCCGCCCCGGCCGCCCCCGUGACCGUGCCGCCGGCGGACAUCAGGAGACUGAUGCGCGCGCCCACCCUCGAGGGCUACGCCGCGCGGCAUAGCAAGCUGUCCAAGAGCGUCACCUUUAACCGCGACACGCUUCAGUCGCCGCCCUCGAGUGCCACCACUCCAACCCUGCCCGCCACGACGGCGUCCUCGGCGCCCGGGCCAAAGACUUCCACCUCCGCCUUCUUCCCCAGUCCGGACAGGACGGUGAACAAGGUUCAAUCUAGCUGUGAUUCUCCUGCUCAAAGCGAGGCCGCCGCAGCCACUGCUGCAGCCGCCGCCGCCCCCUGUGAUCCCCCGCUCCCACCCGCGCCGCCCCCCGAGGGCAGCGCCCCCGCCCCCAGUGCCGCCCCCGCCUUCGGCGCUGCUCCCGACCACAUCACCGUAGUGUCCGCCACCUUAGUGUCGAUGAGCAGCCCCGUUCGGACGCAGGUGCUGAUCAGCAGCAGCGUGGUGGCGCAGGCGGGCCCUGUCCCCAGCGCCGCCCCCAGUGCCGCCCCCAGUGCAACCCCGGCCCCCGUCCCGCCUCUGGCCGUGGCGGAGGCCACCUCCCCCUUAGACAGUCUGUCGGCCCCUUUACCAGCCAGUGAGUCCGAAAGUGAAAGUGAACCUGCGGCGACACUGACCACCUCCACCGCCACAAUGACGACAGCGCCGUCGGCUGGCCAGUUGCCACCCCCGGCCGCCGCUCCCGCGCCGCCCCCACACCAGCCCGCACCCCGACCUGCACCGUGCCCCGUCACAAAGCCCUCCCCUCCGCCCGACGCCAACCCCGACGAGCGGAAGCAGAUGCCCUUUAUUGUUCAUGAGGGCAAGCAGACCAACCAGAAGAACUUUUUCCGUCCGGAGACUUUCCUCAGGUCUUACCGCGAGGAUGAGUACUUCUCCGACAUCCUCGUGGGCAUCAAGCACGUCAUCCAAGGUCAUAUGGAGGACUUGCAGAGAGGCUUCCAGUCGCAGUGCCGCAGUCUGGAGCUGGAGGUGAAGAAGAGGGACGACAUCAUAGCCAAGCUGCAGCACCGCAUCCAGGAGCUGGAGAACCCCCACCUUCGGGACGCACCGGAUGACUAUGACGUCCCUGACCCUCCAUUCAUGCGGGGCGACUCGGUCGACACGGUGCUCUUCUCGCCGCCGAGGUCGCCGCCGGGCGAGGACCAGGAGGAGGCUGAGGACGAGGAAGAGGACGAGGAGGACGACGAGGAGAUGGACGAGGCGGGCCGGCGCGGCCGUCCCCGUGGCGAGGACGACGACGAGGAUGACGACAACAACGCCAACGUGUGCGGCUCGCGGAGGUCCUCGCGGGCGGGCCGCUACCAUCUGGACACGGAGACCUCGACGGACGAGGGCGACAACGAGCCUCGACAGCACGCCAACAGCCGGCGGGCGUCCGCCAGGCAGCUGCAGUACCGCAGGUCGUGGGAGGACCAUUCGGAGGAGGAGCACAUGGAACUGCAGGACCUUCCGCCCUCCAUGAGUCCCCAGGCCGUGUGGUCCAACGUGAACGGUGGGAAACCCGGGGCGGACUCCGUCGUGCUCAACAUCGGCACCUCGGAUAGCAACGAGGAGGACGAGUUCGACGAGGAAGGGGACAUCUACCCGCGCGCGGAGGAUGACGACGACGAUGACGACGAACUCCAGUUCCGCGGCCACCAGGGUGACUGGGAGGUGCAGAUGCUGGCGCGCGAGCUGGAGCGGCGAGAGGAGCAGAGCCGGUUGCAGGAGGAGGUCCGCGUGUUGGAGCAGGCCGUCAACGACAACACGUGCACGUUAGACGACCUGAGCAACUCGCAGCUGGACCUGCUGGAGCGCAUGCUGACCUCGAGCACGGCGCUGCGCAGGGCCACGGCCCCGGCGCACUACCCGCACCCCGCCCUCGCCGCCCACCUGCUGCACCACGGCCAGUCCGUGCGGCUGCGGCGCGGCCUCAGCCUCGAGGAGAGCGACACCGGCGCGACGCCGCAGCUGCCGUCCACGUCGGCCUCGGCCCUGCACCGGCGGCGCAGCUUCCGCCAGCACAGCCUCCUGUCGCGCUCCAACGGCAGCCAGGGCGGCGUGGGGGCCGCGCACGGCGUCGCGCACGGGGCCGCCCUGGCGCGGAGCGGCAGCAGCGGCGCGUCGGCUAGCCUGGAGAACGCCCUGCACCGCGUCGGGGCGGACGUGUCCACCACCACCGCCAGCGCGACCACAAGCGCGACCAUGAGCCCAGCGGCGGGCAGGGCCGGCGCGCAGGUGCAGAGGCCGUCGCCGCGCAAGCAGCAGCUGCUAAACGCUCGCUCGCUGGAGGAGCACCGCGAGCAGCCGACCCGGGAGCCGGGCGUGCUGCAGAGGCUGACGAGCCGCUCCACGUCCCACCUAACGCACUCGUCCUUCCCGUCCAGCCUGGUGCGCGGGCUGGGGCACCUCGUCCGCGGCCACACGCCGUCCGUCGCCCCCGCCCCUCCCGCCGCCCCGAGCUCCGCCCCCGCCGCUACCGCCGCGCACAUCCACCAUCAUCACUUCCAGAUUCGCGACGAGUUCACGUUGCAGAUGGCGAGCCCCGGGUCCGGAUGUUCUCCCGCCGCCUCGACUGCCGACACUACGAGCUCGCCGCCGGGGCCCUUGUCGACUACGGGGGCGGCGGUGGAGGCGGCGGUGUCCACCAUCUCUCAGGGUGUACUCGCCCCGCCGCCCCCUCCACCUCCGCCGCCCCCGGAUCUUUGAGUGCUGAGACCUGUCCGCGCGGUCGUCACUGUAGCCCUGAUAUUCGUCGGGGACUCAUUAGUGGUGCUUGUUUUGGUCUCCACUCUGGACGCGCGGACAACUUCUAGUUAGUGAUGCAGCCUGGUGCCUAACCCUUGGUUAGCCUUGGCCAAACGGACCUCUUUUCGAAUUUACGUCUAUAAAACAAUAAUGUUUAUUUUUUCCCUUUUUCCAUAUUUUCGUCGGGAUGUGUGUGUUUAGACAGAUAAAGCACACCCAGAAAAUUAUUUUGUUUCUCGUUUUUGUGUGGCUAGCGAAUUUUGUCUAGCUGCACUUGGGAAAGAGCAGGGACGUCAACCUAAUGAAUUUUGUACAAAGUGCGUUAAAAUAAUGGCCUUUAUGUUACCUAACUCGUUUUUGUAUUGUUUUCUACGAUGUACAGGUCUCUGUUGGGUUCAGAGAUGCUGCUAGUUAAUAUUUAACUGAUACCCACCUAUCUUUUGAAGCUCACUGCACUUUUCAUGGUCAUCAUUGUAAGAGAAAGAUGGGUAUGAUUUUUCUUCUUUUCCAUUUUAUGUAGUUAUUGAAAAUUACCAUUCCAGGGUAGUUAAGAAAACAAUAACAUUCAAAAAGUUAGGAAGCAAUAACUUUGCAUUUGAAGAAAUCGACCAUAUCUUAUUCUUUAACAAUUAAUAUUCCCAUGGAGUGUGAGCUAACGCACAUGUGAGAGUGAUACGAAAUAUUCCAUCUUUGUGAUUGUUCCUUUUAAAUUAAUUUCAGUGAUAGUUUAAUUUUAUUUGGUGACCAAUUUAUCAUGUGAUUUCUAAGAUGACAUUGGUAAUCACUCCAGAACAGUAUACUUAUUGGACAGCAGAGUCAAUAAAAGUUUAACUGUAAUAUGUUCUGUUGAAAGAAUGUGAUUCUAUCAAAAUUUCAUUAUUUCAUCAUAACAAAAUUUUUGUGUACUAUUAUCUUAUGUGUAAUAAGCCUAAAGAGAAGAGAGAAUCACCAUCAAGAAUGAGAUCAGUGCCAUAUGCGUAAUGCAACAGUCCAAAGUUGAUCAGGAAGAUGUUUUGAUGUGGAGAUAGCUCGUGCAGGCAUGAGCCAUUGGCCUCAUACCACAUGCAAUACAUUCUGUUCUGUUGUUCUUAAUUAAUUAAUGCCACAUUCGUAAAAAAUAAAAUCAAUUAGUGAGGUUGCUAAUGUUUAGUUGACCUUGCACACUUAAUAAUGUAGGAUAAACAGGGUAGGAAACUUAAAUCUUCUUUAAAUAUUCUUAACAAGUGUACGUCUUUAUAUUGUGGUUUACAUCCUCCUUUUUUUCCGAAUUAAGAAGAUUGAAAAGACUUGAAAGAGUUACUUAAAACUUGCAUAAGGCUUUUGACUGUUAAAAGAGUAUCUGCUUUUUUCUUUUAAAUAAUUUACCCUCUUCUCUCUUUCUCCCUCACACUCUCCAUCUUCUCUGUCUUAUUGGCUGUUGAUGUAAUUGCAGUAAGCCAGAAAAAAUACCAAAAAGCCAACUUUAGUAUUUGUUCACGAAAGAGACUCGGAACCCUCCAGACACAUUACAUUUGAGAUAUAGUCAUUUCCAUUUUGCACUGAAGCUUCAGUUGCUACCUAGGUAGCAGCUACUUGAACCUUCAAUCUUUCAUCUCUUUUCUUAAUUUAACAUUAGAGGAUGAUUUAAGAAAAUUAUCUUCAUACUUGGGGUAUCACAUGAUUUAAAAUCCAGUUGUAAAAAUGACUUAAUAUAAAACUAAGAUAAAGUAAACAUAAGACAGCACUUGUUUUCUACGCAGAUAUCUGAGUAAAAAAUGUUAAAUUAAUCUUGUUGUUUAAGAAGUACAUGAAAUUAUGUUAUGUGGCACUUUUUAAUAAAAUCACAUAUUCUGUAUAUAUGUUAAUAAAAUGUCACAUUUCCCCUGAACAGAAUAUGUUAAACUCAGACAUGAUAUUGACAUUUCUAUUGAAGAUUCUUUUGUAUAAUGUGUUAUAUCAAAUUAAGUUAUUAAAUUUGUUACAGUGAUAGUAAGAUUAUUUCAAGUUUACAUUAUAUGCACUGAUAAGGUUGUUAAGAUGCUCUUGUUUUUCCUUUAGAAAUGAAGCUGUGACAACCAUCAUAGUUAUUCCUGCGUGUAUGUAUUUUUCUAAUUGUACAACUGUACUAUGGUCUUUUCAAUACCAAGGUACUUAUCAAGAGAGCAGUAACAACCUGCCACCCAGAUACAAAAAUAUGCUUUAAUUGUAUAUUUAUUUAAAUAAUGUUUGACAUGGCAGUGAUAAACUUUAGCCAAUUGUUGCUCUCUUUGAUUUGCAUACUUUGUUUGCAUUCUAACGACAUGUUAUAUGUUUCCAUUCCAUUGCAUUCCUUCGGCCAAAUGUCAAAGAACUUAUGGACUUUGCUACACCAAAGAAUGAUUACUUCAAAGGUACAGAGUAUUUGGAUUAAAAGAAUUGUAUGCACGAACUGACCAAACAACAGGCCUGAGCAGCACGUAGACUGUUCUCAGAAUGCCUCUUAUUCUUUUGUUUAAAAUUAAUUUGUUCGAAUGUUGAGAUGGUCAUGGGAACCUAAAUUUCACACAAUGUUCCAAUGAUCAACACACUCUUAAGGGAUGUGCCAAAAUAUUGCCUGCUACAAAUCAAUUUUUUUUUCCCACCUAUAUGCAAAUUGUUUGAUGUUCUAACUGAACCAUUAAUGAGAUUGUGCAUUUUGAACAUCAGUUGUUAUUUGUAUUUGAAAAUUCUCACCUUUGUCAGGAGACGAUUUCUCUGUGCCAUUAUUAUACUUCAUAGAUUUCUGAAGGAGUGCAUCAUGAUUUCCACCGUUUUACAUUGAAUAAUGAUCUUUAUUACUUUUAUUUUAAGAAUAAAAUAAAUUUUUAGAUCUGUCAUGCA